AAACCAGAAGCCUGCAGGAAGUUGAUGUUAUGUCAGAUGCUUCAGUCAGCAAGGACAGACCCAUAUUUAUUUGAACUUUAUCCAACUAGUAAAAUAACUUGUUUAAAAUCAAAUAAGCAUGCAUUAAGGAUAUGGAGACUUAUAUUUGCUAUCUCUAAUGGGCCUCUGUUUUAAACAGACUUUUGUUAUUCACUAAAUGUGUUGACCUCGUGUGUGCAGCUUGUGGAGCAGACGGGGUGAUUGUCAGACAUGGAGCGGGUCAUGGGAGGAGGAAUGCUUCAGCUGUUUUUAGCAAGUACGGGGAUCUUGCUGCUUUACCGUAUACUUGUCCGCCUCAGACCAGGAGCUGCUCUGCAGGAUGCUGUGGUGGUCAUCACUGGGGCCAGCUCUGGACUGGGGAAAGAGUGUGCACGGGCCUUUCACGCAGCAGGCGCACGCCUUGUGCUGUGUGGACGAGAUGCAGGCCGCCUGCAGCAGGUGGUCCAGGAGCUUACAGCAAGUUCAACAGGCUCACAGCGUCAGACUUACACUCCCAGCACCGUUAUCUUCAACCUGGCUGACACAGACACGGUGGACAGAGCUGCUGACGAGAUCCUGAAAUGUUUUGGACAAGUGGAUGUCCUCAUCAAUAAUGCUGGAAUCAGUUACCGCGGCAACAUACUGGAUACCCACCUUUCAGUUCAGCGGGAUGUUAUGGAGACAAACUACUUUGGGCCCAUUGCUCUUACUCAAGCUCUGCUGCCCUCCAUGGUUCAUCGUCGCAGUGGCCACAUCGUUGUCAUUAGCAGUGUCCAGGGCAAGAUGGCCAUUCCUUACAGAUCAGCAUACGCAGCCUCUAAACACGCCACACAGGCCUACUUCGACUGUUUACGGGCCGAGAUCGAGCGCUACGGGAUUCCAGUAACGGUGAUCAGUCCUGGGUACAUCCGAACCAGCCUGUCGGUCAACGCUGUCACAGGAGACGGCUCGAAGUAUGGAGUUUUGGAUAAAACCACGGCAAUGGGUCGGGACCCCAGGGAUGUGGCUCAGGCGGUUCUGAAGGCCGUCCGUCAGAGGAGCAAAGACGUUGUUUUGGCGGGCCCUAUGCCCAAUCUGGCCAUUUACCUGCGCACACUGUGGCCUGCACUCUUCUUCAAACUCAUGUCCUCUCGCGCUCGCAAGGAGCAGAAACCUAAAGCCGAGUGACGCAGCAGCAGGUGAAGACCAGGAGGUUCACACACAGGGCACGUUGGACAUGGACCGUAACAUGAAAGGGACUGGUUCACAUGGAGGUGUAAAUAGAUGGGAGCGUUGCAGUAACGCAAACAAACCAGAAACCUGUGUGUUGUAACAGGAUGUAUGGUGAGUGUCUUUUAUUGUUUGGACUAACAUUUCUGAUUGACCAGGUUAACAAGGUGUGUUGUUCAGCUAUUUAAAAUCACUGUUUAAAAGUGGGACGUCUAUUACUGAUACGACUCGAAGCUGUGCUGUAAAGACGUUUUAUCAGCAUGUGAUGCCGUUUUUCAAAUUGGUUUGUUGACAAAUAAAAUGCUCAAACUGUUUUCUAUUUGCCAGAUGAUCUACUCACAACAGUUGCAGAGAGAUGUGUAUAUAUAAAAAAUAUUUUGACAAAGAGCUGUUUUGGAGGUGUGGGUCAGCUGUAACAUUAUAGCACAGUAUUGUGAAUGAUUCACAAAACAAAAUGCUUUUAAUACAUAUAGAGGAAGGAAAUGCUGCUUAUCGCUAGCCGGAGAAAAAACCUUUUUUUUGUCGUCAGUUUGAUUUCCUCUCCGGGUCGAGCUGUUUUCAUCCACUGCUUUAUCACUUUCAUUUCAGCGCAGAUGACAUCACAACCCCCAAUAUAUUUCUGUUCAGUAUAUUUUUAUUUGUAUAUAUUAAAUUAGCUGUCUUGUU